AUGUUUUUCGAGCAGCUAAAUGAGUCUUGGGAAGUUUUCUUUUUCGAAAACAACAAAAGAAGCAGCAAACCUUUUCCUGUCAAGAAGUUCGGAGUUGCUGCAGCAAAGCAAAAAGCCACGGAGUUCGCCAGACAAAUGCAGGUGCAGCAGCAGCAGCAGCAGCAGCAGCAGCGGUAG